UUGGGACAUCUCGGUGGGUGUCACCCGGCGUUUUGCAGAGACGACACGUGGUCCCCGGGCCCCGUCCCAGAUGGGCAAAGGCCGGCCAGAAGUGAAAGUUCGCGGAACCGUCUACCUUGACCAUGCAGGAGCCACGUUGUUCCCCCAGAGCCAGCUCACAAGCUUCACAGAGGAUCUCAUGGAAAAUGUUUAUGGUAACCCUCACAGCCAGAACAUCACCAGCAAGCUCACCCAAGACACCGUGGAACAGGUGCGCUACAGGAUCCUGGCUCACUUCCACACCACCCCAGAGGACUACAGCGUGGUCUUCACGUCUGGGAGCACAGCUGCUCUCAGGCUGGUGGCAGAGGCCUUUCCAUGGGAGUCCCCAGGCCCAGGGAGUGGCGGGAGUCACUUCUGCUACCUCACCGACAACCAUACCUCUGUGGUGGGCAUGAGGAAGGUGGCUGCUGCCAUGAAUGUCAUAUCCAUCCCGAUCAGACCCGAGGACAUAUGGACGGUGGAGGAACAGGGUACUGUGGACUGCGACCCUGACUGCCAGCUUCCACAUCUCUUCUGUUACCCAGCUCAGAGUAACUUUUCGGGCACCAGAUACCCCCUGUCCUGGAUAGAAGAGGUCAGGUCUGGGCAGAGGAGACCUGUGAGUGUUCCUGGGAAGUGGUUCAUUCUGCUCGAUGCAGCUUCCUAUGUGAGCACCUCGCCUCUGGACCUGUCUGCUCACCAGGCUGAUUUUGUUCCCAUCUCCUUCUAUAAGAUCUUUGGGCUCCCCACUGGCCUGGGUGCUCUGUUGGUCAAUAACCGUGUGGCUCCUCUUUUGAGGAAAAGCUAUUUUGGAGGAGGGACUGCCGCUGCCUACCUUGCAGGAGAGGACUUCUAUAUCCCAAGAUCAUCAGUGGUGGAAAGGUUUGAAGACGGCACCAUCUCAUACCUUGAUGUGGUAGCACUAAAACAUGGAUUUGAUGCCCUGGAGCGCCUCACAGGUAGCAUGGAGAACAUACAGCAACACACCUUCAUGCUGGCACAGUACACCCACACGGCCCUGUCCUCUCUGAGCUACCCCAACGGAGCCCCCGUGGUACAGAUUUACAGCGACUCGGAUUUCAGCAGCCCUGACGUUCAGGGCCCCAUCAUCAAUUUUAAUGUGCUGGAUGACAGUGGGAAUAUCAUUGGUUACUCCCAGGUAGAAAAGAUGGCCAGUUUGUACAACAUCCAGCUGAGGACCGGCUGCUUCUGUAACACAGGGGCCUGCCAGAGGCACCUGGGGCUCAGCAAUGAGAUGGUCAAGAAGCAUCUGCAGGCUGGCCAUGUCUGUGGAGAUGAUGUCGACCUCAUAGAUGGGCAGCCUACUGGUUCUGUGAGGAUUUCAUUUGGAUACAUGUCUACUCUAGAGGAUGCUCAGGCCUUUCUCAGGUUCAUCAAAGCCACCUGCCUUCGCUUACCAGGUGGCCAGCCUGUCCCUCAAGCCUGUGACAAUGAGGCUGGAGACGAGUCAGCAGAGGGCACGGCCCAUAAUACACCUGCUGUCGCUGGUGUAUGUGAGCUCUCACCUCAGAAGGGAGCAGGCCCAGAUCCUGGGGUUUGCAAUGGCUCCCACCUUGCUGCAAGUACUGUGGGCUUGCAUCUACCUCUGAGUGUAGCCACCAACACCCAGUCAACAGCUUCAGAGAAAGCUGCAGGCAUCCUGCGUGGGAACUUUGGGCCCCAUGUUGUUACCAACCUUUACCUCUAUCCCAUCAAAUCCUGUGCUGCAUUUGAGGUGACUGUGUGGCCUGUUGGAAACCAAGGGUUGCUAUACGACAGGAGCUGGAUGGUUGUGAAUCACAAUGGUAUUUGCUUGAGUCAAAAGCAGGAGCCCAGGCUCUGCCUGAUCCAGCCCUUCAUCGACCUGCAGCAGAAGGUCAUGGUCAUCAAAGCCAAAGGGAUGGAGCCCAUAGAAGUGCCUCUUGAGGAAGACAAUGGACAGGCUCAGAUUUGCCAAAGCAGAGUUUGUAUGGACAGGGUAAAUACUUAUGAUUGUGGAGAAAAAAUUUCAAGCUGGUUGUCAAAGUUUUUUGGCCGUCCUUGUCAUUUAAUCAAGCAGAGUUCCAACUUCCAACGAAAUGCAAAAAAGAAACCCGAAAAAGAUCCGUCUCCAGGCACAACAGCUACCCUCUCUCUGGUAAACAAGGCCCAGUAUCUUCUGGUAAACACAGCGAGUGCCAUGGAACUUCAGCAGCAGUUACGUGCCAGUGAUAAUAAUGGAAAGGAGGAAGUACUCCCAAUGAAAGAUCUCAUCUCCCGUUUCCGUGCCAAUAUUAUCACCAAUGGAACAAAGGCUUUUGAAGAAGAGGAAUGGCAAGAGCUUUCAAUUGGCUCUUUGCGUUUCCAGGUUGUGGGGCCUUGUCACAGAUGUCAGAUGAUUUGUAUCGACCAGCAAACUGGGCAACGGAAUCAAGAUGUUUUUCAACAACUUUCUGAGAGUCGCAAGCGAAAGGUGAACUUUGGCAUUUACCUGAUGCAUGAAUCCUUGGAUUUGUCUUCUCCAUGUGUUCUAUCUGUGGGAUCUGAGGUACACCCAGUGUUGAAAGAGAUUGUGGAAUGCCAGGAUCCACCUGCUUCUCAGAAACCCCGUGGUGUUAUCUCCUAACAUCUUUCUCAUCAACAUUAAAGUUUCUUCUUUUCAAUGCUA